UCCAACCGGUAGGAGGACACGGGGAAGACCCAGGACAGGUUGGGAAGACUAUGUCUCCCGGCAGGCCUGGGAACGCCUUGGGAUCCCCCGGGAAGAGCUAGACGAAGCGGCUGGGGAGAGGAGUGUCUGGGUUUCCCUGCUUAGGCUGUUGCCCCCGCGACCUGACCUCGGAUAAGCGAAAGAAGAUGGAUGGACUUGUUUAAGUCGGGGUCCACGUUAAUCUAUUCAUGUGAUGGCACCAAACAUCAACACACAGCCUUACCUCACUGACGGCUGCAGAGUUCAUCAUGAGAAGUUCAGUCCUGGUUAUCGUCUGCAUUUCACAAAUCUUCACUGUCGCGGAAGGCGGCCCGCUGAGGAAGAGGACGGUGAGCGAGGUCCAGCUCAUGCACGACCACGGUGAGCUCAAACAGGUGCAGCAGCGCCGCGACUGGUUGCAGGUGAGGCUGCGAGGCCUCCACACCGCGCCGUGGACCAGGAGGAGGUUCCUUCUGGAGGAACUGGGUGGCCUGACAGCAGAGGAGAUCCAGGAAGCCUUGGACGUGUUCGACAAGCUCCUCAACCCCAAACCGUCUUGAUUUCACCGAAGUUGGAAUUGUACCGUCAUUAAUUCCUCUCUUUUUAUGAUCCAUAAUGAUAUUCACAGUGUUUUUAUUUUUAAUUCCAUUUAAUUUUGUAGUUGUAUUUAUUACAUUGUUGUUCAAGUCGCAAUAUGUACGAGCUGAGAUUCAAGUAGGUCACUAUUUGUUUAUUUGCAAGAUGAAAAGUGAAGAA